AUGGCUGCCCACAUCCCUCAAGAACUACGAGACCAUAUUGUCGACGUCUUCCAAGACGACCGUGAAAGCCUCAAGACCUGUGCUUUGAUCGGCCGUGUCUGGACAAGCCGCGCUCAGUCUCGUUUGUUCCGAUCACUUACCGUCAAACGCCUCGCACAUUAUGCAGAAUGGAACUCGUUCUUCUAUUCGUCUCCCCAUAUAGCGCGUCAUGUCCGUGCCCUGAACCUGAUGGGCAAACCAGUAAGCUUCGAGGAAUCGGAACUUCCAGAAGAGUGGCUGUGGAUCUUGGAAACCCUCCACAGAGUGGAAAGCCUUAUAGUCUGCGCCUGCACUUUUCCCAAACUGUCCCUGAAGAUCACGGUGGAGCUACCCCGUCUGCUAUCUAAUAUCAAGCAGCUGAGCUUCUUGAACAUCUCCAUGCCUGCUGGAGAUCUCUGGACGUAUCUGGGUGCAUGCACGCGGCUGAGGAAGCUAGCUGUUCGGCUCGUUGAGUCCCCGGACUGCAAAUCAACCGCGUCGAAGGACGAGCGCGGGCAUAUUUAUAGCCGAGCUAUCGGGCCAGUGGACACGCUUGAAUGCACCACCACACAACCAGUCGCCUCGUGGCUCCUUUUCAAUCGCGCACACAACGAUUUCCUUAUUCGCCGGCUGGCACUCACCUGCUAUGAAGACUCUGUUCAAAACCCAGCCCAAGCCAUGAAUGCCUUGCUUACCCACGCAGCGCCGACGCUCGAACAUCUAGUGCUCUCGGUGGGGAGUGAUCUCGGUGGCUUCCCUGGAUGGAACCUUUCGAGGAUGGACAAGCUGAAGACCAUCCAUUUGAGGGCAGAUUCGCGAGAUUUGAGCGUGCUCUCCGAAUGGAACAAACAAUUUCCGCAUGAAUGGAUGCCUCUCACGGUUGAAGAUAUGAUACAGCAGAAACUUCCUAGCCUCCAGGAGGUGCGCAUCACUCUUAGAUUGCUCGACUUGCACCACGACUCUUCGAUGCGACUGGGACGGAUGGAUGCUGCAUUGUCUGGCCUCUUGGGAAGUAGGCAAGAGUUAAGCUUCGUGCUCAAUAUCGUUGGUACUAUGGUAUCAUCGACGAGAAUUGGUUUGGUGAGACGCAAAGUGAAACUGGCCCUUCCACGGACGCUGUUGUGGAGGAGACAAAUAAAGGAGGCCUAUUAUGGCACCAAUUGGGAUGAAGAUGCCGUCUUUGGAGGUGGGCUGGACCCUUUCGCUCGAAAUGGACUAAUCCCAGGCUUUCAAGGCUACUGCAGACUACUCUUCUAG